CAGCCAGGAGAGCCAAUCAGCAGGCAGAGCUAAGUUCGUCCCUCUGUUCAAUGGGCAGCGAAAAUCCUCCCAUGGUUGAACAGCCACGAUUGACAGGUAGCACCCUCCAAUGAGAUCGCCGCGCCCUUUCUAACUGCCCAAUGAGCGAGCGGGGCUGGGAGGCGCGCGACGGCGGCAAUUCCCGCCCCCCCCGCGGGAGCACGGGGCUGGCUGCCAGACCGACAGCGCGGCGGGCCAAUGGGAACGCGCAGCGCCAGGAGGUGGGCGGAGCACCCCCGCAGCGGCGGCCAAUGGGCGAGGGCACCGCCCCGGUCAGCCAAUGGGCGCGGGGAGGGCGGCGCGCGGUGCCGGCGCGGCUCCCAAGAUGGCGGCGGGUGCGUGAGCGGGGCGGUCGGGGAGGCCCGGCGGGAGCGCGGCCGCCGCCGCCAUGAAGGGCAAGGAGCGCUCGCCCGCCAAGGCCAAGCGCUCCCGGGGCGGCGAGGACUCGGCGUCCUCCUCCUCCUCCUCGCGCGGCAGCAAGAAGCCGAGCGGCUCGUCCGGCGGAGGCGGCGGCUCCAACGGCGGGAAAGCGGCGGCGGCGUCCGGCGAGAGCAACAGCGGGAGCGGCCGGCGCGGCGCCCACGCGGACAAGGGCGGCCGCGCCGGCAGCCGCGAGUACGAGACCGGUUCGGCGGCGGCCGCGGGCGGCGGGGGCCGGCACGGCUACAGCGGUAAAACCGCGGAGGCGUCGCGAAGCAGCAGCAGCCGCGGCGGCGAAUCGCGAGCGGCCGCCGCCUCCUCCUCGUCCUCCUCGUCGGAGCCGGGCGGCGGCGAGUACAAGACGCUGAAGAUCAGCGAGCUGGGCUCGGCGCUGAGCGACGAAGCGGUGGAGGACGGGCUGUUCCACGAGUUCAAACGCUUCGGCGACGUGAGCGUCAAGAUCAGCCGGCUCCCGCCCGGCGCCGGCGCCGCCGACGAGCGCGUGGCCUUCGUCAACUUCCGCCGGCCCGAGGACGCGCGGGCCGCCAAGCACGCCCGCGGCCGCCUCGUGCUCUACGACCGCCCGCUGAAGAUCGAGGCCGUCUAUGUCGGCGGAGGCAGCGGCCGCCGGCGCAGCAGCCGCUCCCCGGCGCUGCUGGACAAGGAGUCUCCCUACGGCGCGGCGGCGGUCGGGGCGGUGGCGGCCGCCGUGCGGCACCCGCCGGCCGGGGCCGCGCAGCGGGCGCUGUCCCCCGCAGGCAGCGGCGGAGCUUUGGGCUACCGGGACUACCGGCUGCAGCAGCUCGCCCUGGGCCGCCUGCCGCCGCCGCCGCUGCCGAGGGAGCUGGAGAGGGAGCGGGACUACGGCGGCUUCUACGAGGCGCGGGUGCGGCCGGCCUACGGGCUGGAGCGCGUGGCCGGCGUGGCGGCGGCCGGCGGAUUCCGCGGAGGAGGAGGAGGAGGUGCCGGAGCGGCCGCCGAGGAGGAGAUCAGCCCUGAGGAUGACCAGAGAGCCAACCGCACGCUGUUCCUGGGCAACCUGGACAUCACCGUGAGCGAGUCGGACUUGCGGCGAGCGUUUGACCGUUUCGGGGUCAUCACUGAGGUGGACAUCAAGAGGCCGGGGCGUGGGCAGACCAGCACCUAUGGGUUUCUUAAGUUUGAGAAUCUGGACAUGGCACACCGGGCCAAGUUGGCCAUGUCGGGGAAGGUGCUGCUGCGCAAUCCCAUCAAGAUCGGGUACGGGAAAGCCACCCCGACCACCCGGCUCUGGGUGGGCGGCCUCGGGCCCUGGGUGCCCCUGGCUGCCCUGGCCAGGGAGUUUGAUCGGUUUGGCACCAUCCGCACGAUCGAUUACCGCAAAGGGGAUUCCUGGGCCUAUAUCCAGUACGAGAGCCUGGAUGCGGCGCAGGCAGCCUGCACCCACAUGCGGGGGUUUCCCCUGGGGGGGCCGGAUCGCCGGCUCCGCGUGGACUUUGCGGACACGGAGCAUCGGUACCAGCAGCCCUACCUGCAGCCCCUGCCCUUGCCGCCCCCGGCUCAUUACGAGCUUGUGGCGGAGGCGGCUGCUUUUGGGGCUCACCGGGGAGCCCCCCCCGACCCUCUGCGGGGGGCCCGGGACAGGACGCCACCUUUGCUCUAUAGAGACCGUGACAGAGACCUUUAUCCUGAGACAGAGUGGGUGCCCCCGCCGCCCCCUGUGCGGGACCGGAGUAAUAGGGCAGCUGCUUAUGACCCACUGGAAAGCCUGGAGCGCCGCCGGGAUGGGUGGUCCUUGGAGCGGGACCGCGGGGAGAGGGAGCUGGGCAGUAGCAGUAGGGAUCAGCCUAGGAAACGGAGACUGGCAGAGGAUGGAGGCCGGCACUUGGACCGUUCCCCUGACAGCGAGCGCUCCUCUUCCUCCCGAAAGCGCCACUGCUUGGCCACAACCUCUCCCCCGGACCGCAGCCCCGAGCUCCUCGGAGGCCGGGAGCGUUACAGUAGUGACCCUGAGCGCUCGUCCCGCUUGCUCCUCUUGGAGCGACCUUCCCCUAUCCGGGAGUCCCGCCGGGGCAGCCUGGAGCGGGGGCAGAACGAAAAGCGCGACCGCAAGAACUCCGCAGAGCGGGAGCGCAAGCACCGCGCCGCCGCUGCCGCCCAGGAGUGCAAAAGUCCGGCCAAAAAGGACGAGCGGGCGGCGGAGGGAGGUGGUGGAGGCUCCCGGCUCAAACCUCCUCCCCAAAAACAGCAGCAGGAUGGAGCAGCGCAGGCCGGGGCAGCGCCCAAACUGUGCCUGGCUUGGCAGGGGAUGCUCCUGCUGAAGAACAGCAACUUCCCGUCCAACAUGCACCUGCUCCAGGGGGACCUCGGAGUCGCCAGCAGCCUCCUCGUGGAGGGAGCGACUGGGGGGAAAGUGGCUCAGCUCAAGAUCACCCAACGUCUCCGUCUGGACCAGCCCAAGUUGGAUGAGGUCAACCGGCGCAUCAAGGUGGCGGGUCCCAAUGGAUACGCCAUCCUUCUGGCCGUGCCCGGCGCCUCAGACAACCGCUCCGCAGCCGGGGCUGCCGAGGCCGCCACCACCUCCACACAGAGGCCGCUCAGGAAUCUGGUGUCCUACCUAAAGCAAAAGCAGGCUGCUGGGGUGAUCAGCCUCCCUGUGGGGGGGAACAAAGACAAGGAGAACAGCGGGGUCCUGCACGCCUUUCCACCCUGCGACUUCUCCCAGCAGUUCCUGGACUCCACAGCCAAGGCGCUGGCCAAAUCAGAGGACGACUAUCUGGUCAUGAUCAUUGUCCGUGGGGCGUCCUAAGGCCCUCGUGUUCUGUUCCCAACCCUGCCUACUCCUCCAUGCAGCCCCUCCAGCGUGUGCCAGGUGCUAUGGGAUACAGCCUUAGCCAGCCCUGUCGUUAUUUUAAAUAGAUCUUUGUUUGUAGGUGACUUUCCCGGGCCGAUUUUCUGUUACUACAUUUUUCUAUAAAGAUAGAAGCCAGAGAGGUUGGUUAGGAGUAGCGUGAAUAGGAUAUUUUGAGAAUUCCCUAUCAGUGGGGACAGCAGGGAGGCUCAGCCUGCUUUGAUUUACAGAAAAUAGAAAAAUAAUAAAAACUGGGGUGGGGGGGAGGGGGGGAAAGAAAAACUCCUGUCUUCUUAAUUUAGAUUCAUGUCCUUUUUUCAUUUCAUGUAUUUUAAAGCAAGUCCCAAGAGCUCGUCCUCGAGAGAGCUCCAAACCGAACAGACCAGAUUUAAAGCACUCAGUGGAAAUGGAAAUCCAUACUUUAAUAACAGACUGGUGUCACCUCCUCUUUUGAGUCCUUGAAAUUCCGUGUGGGCCUCAGGCCAGCGGCCCCUUGGCCCGUGGGAUCCCUUCCCUCGGGAGCCGCAGUGGUUUCCCCGUUGAGUCGCGUGGCUCAGGUCAACGUUUUUCAGGUGAGCAGCAGCUGCUCUCGGGUGCACAGCAGAACACUGAAUUCCUUUUUGGAAAGGGAUUCCUUUUUCAUCCCCCCCCCCCCCCCCCAGGUGCAUGCACUGAAACUGGGCUUUUUAACAGGUGUAUUUCCCCGAUUUCCCAGUGUAUCCCAUAUGUGCACUUUGGGUUUGUAGCAGUGACUAGGUUUGGUGAAGAGCUGAGGACUUUGUUGCAAACCAGGAAUGUCUUGUGCUCACUCUGGUGUGCAGGAAACAAGGAGGUGCUUUAAGGAGAACUUGAGUUAUAUUGUGGAGUUUUGGUUUUACUGCCUUUUUUUUUGUUUUGUUUUGUUUUCCAAGAGUUGCAGGUUCAGUGGGGUUUGGUUCCACAAUGCAAACUGAGCAAGUAAGUGCUUCUCUCCAGAGAUGCUUUUCAUUCUGUGAUAAUUUAAUUACAUAAAAGUUCUCAUUAACAUUUUACCUCUUUGUUAAUAGCAAGGAACUGCUGUCUGCUAGGGACUUUCCAGGUACAGUGUGCAGUGGGCAUUACAUGAGGUUUAUCGUGGGCACCUGGAGUAAAGUGGUUUUAGCAUCCUGGAGAAAUAUUACAAAUACUCCAAGAUGCUGAGGUUUGAGCUCUUGUUCUUGUGAUUCAAGGAUGAAACAGUUUUCAGGUUGUUUUGGUUUUUUUUUUUUUCCAAAGAACAUAAGUUAAUUUUUUCAUAUUUUUCCCCAAUCAUUGGGCACUUUUCUCCAGCUGGCUCAGCCACCUUUGGUAAUUCAGGCAUUUAGGAGGGGAGAAGAGGUCUCAAUCCCUGAUGUGAUCUUAAUUCCAUGAUACUCUGUUUAACAACUAAAAGGAUGGUGCAGCAGCUUCUAAAUUGAGGUGUAAAUCUCACUGUAUCUCUUUACAGGCCCUAAAAUUGUAAUCUUGCACUUAAACCCAGAAUGUAAUCUUGCACUUAGCCAUGUUUUCAGGGAUUUGGGCAACAGAGAAGUGACACAGCAUCACUUGGUCCAUGCUCCAAUAGAUUCCUUGGAUAAUUGAUACAGGCAUGAGUUGAUUUCUGUUACAACUUGCAUGGCAAAAAUCAAAUUAAAAGUGUGGAAUGGGAUACGAAUAGGAGAUGAAGGAGGAAAUGUGUUGAAUGUAUUUUAUGGGUGUAACUGAACUUGCUUGAGUUUCUGUCACAAAAGUAGGAAUUUUUGUUACUGCACCACUUGUCAUAGAGGGGCUGUGGUUUAAGAGGGCUUUGAUUCCUCUGUCUGCCCAGAAUGAGUAGACCCAGCAUCCCAAACAUCGUGGUGAACUGAGAAUUCCAAGUGGCAACAUCUCUUAAACACAGAUUUUGUUUUUUAUAGCUACUUUUCUUUCUAAAUGAGAAGGUGAAAGCCUCAUUUAAUGCUCUUAAGUUUGAGAGUAAAAUCCAGGAUUUCUGGGUUGCCCUUCAAUGUGAAUGUAAGAGAUGGCAGAAUUCAGCUGUUCAGCUUACUAUUAACAACGAGAAUUUUUGGGAAUGACACCAGAAAUGCAAAUCACUGUGUUUAAGAAGAUACAGCGUGUUUACCACUUAUUGCAAAGAAUGUUUUAAUUGGAGCAGGUGCCUGUUGGGUGUCAGUAGGUGAUCAAUGCUGCAAGUGCUGCUUUCAUUCAGAGGGAGUUCUCUGGGAGAUUUCUGUCAUCUGACAGAAAUCACUUGAAAGAGUUUUCUGGGAAAGAGACUUAAACAGCUGGGAAUUUAAAUCUGCCUAAAACUGGGGGGAAAAAAAGCACUAAAGUUUGUGUUGGACACUGAGAGCAGCGUUUAUUCUGCUGAUCCACAGCAGGCACCUGCAUAAAAACCCAUAAAACUUGGGGUCAACACAGCUUGUCAAAGCCAGCUUGGUUUGGGAGCCUUUUGGGAAGAGCAUGUUAGGUGCCCUUCCAUUUUUCCUUGGGAAAUCACCCUGGAAUUCCCUUGGUCCCACCUGCCAUUGGCUGUGAAACUGUGCUGUGCUGUGCUGGAGGGCAAGAAGGAACAGGCGAGGCCGUGUUUGACUCCAGGUUUUCUGGUUCCUUAUUUCAUGGAGCACCUGCUUCUUUGAAUCUGGUUUAUUUGUGGUUGCUGCUCUGUUUUGUAAGCAAGGAUUUUAACACCCUUUGAGGGUUCUUGUGGCAAAACUUGGAAAGCUUUUUUUUACUGGCACUGAAUUGCUGUGCUGCCAUCCCGGCCGGUGCGGCUGGGCGGGCUGUGCUUUCCUCCUUGGUCUGAGGUGUUCCCCGUUGGAGUAACUGCCCACUGAAGUUGGCUUAGCCAGGGCUCAAGGUUUAGAAGCCCGUGGGUGAUACCACUGUGUGUAGAGCAAACCAGAUGUAGCAGCUGUUGGCUCUCUCCUUGUGUCUGGCAUUACAUUGCUGUGGCGAGAGCUCAGUAUUCCCUCCCGACCUUGUGUGCAGCUGAUGUUCUUCUAUUUCAUUCGUGUGUUGAAUUAGCCUGGAGAAAGGAUGUCCUUUUCCUGAAUCAUUUCAUCCUUGUGCUUUAUGCUUUGGGGAAAGAACCUCAAAUGACUCGUAGUUUUGUUUGAGAUUUUAGUUUGUUGUUUAUUUCUUUCAAUUGGAAACUUUGCGCAACUUCCUUGGCCCCUGGCCAGUGGCUCUGUUUGCCAUGGGAACACCGGGGUUAUCCUCAAUCCAGAGGUUUUAGGGGCACAAAUAUCAACAGAACCUUGUCAGCCUCCCAGAGAGAAAAAGGCAUUAUUGCCAAGCAAAGAAACCUUGCCCUCUCUCUGUUUCAUUUCCUACAAGGAUGUUAAAGAUGGAAUAUUUUCGUGACAACUUUCUUGGCCUCUGUGGAGAGCCAAGUUUUAUGAAAACGAGUUUUAAUUUCUUGUGUGGGUUUGGGAACCCUCUGGUUGAUGGUAACUGAGGUGAAAGGCCUGAGGUAUUAAUGGGGAGGAGAAGUGAAUCAAAAUUGUGAAGACAAGUUCAAAAACUCUGAGGACUCAGGGAAAAAUGCCUUGGAAAAUGAUAGUUCCUGGCUCUAAGCAAAACAGUGUUGAGGGCAGCGCUCCUGGGGAGUGCUGUGUGCACAGAGGGGAGGAAAUGGUUGCCGUGUGGCUCUAGAGCUUUUGGGGUUCUUUCCCCUUUGUCCCCCUGUUUAUUUCUUUAUAGCACUGAAGGACAGAUAUUCCAAUGAUUGAUAGACUGAACAAUGAGGUGAUUUUUGUAUCAGGCUUAAAGCAGACCGGGUGGUGCAGAGAAUGGUUCAUUGAAUAUUCAUCUUCCCGCAGUUCCGAUUGUGUGAAACCGAUGGCAAGGAGAUAUGACUUGAAUAGUAACAAUUUUAAAUUAUAUUGGGUGUGUCUUUGAUUUGACCUUUUAAUAUUGGCAUUGUCUGCUGUUAGACCUGCGCAGCAGAAUGAGAGCAAAAGAGCUGUGUAACACUACAUUUCAUGGUUUUGUUGAUAAGUUGCCUUCAGGAAACACCCAGUGAGGAAAGUCAACCGAAUUAGCAAGAAUUAGGUUGGUUUUUCUCCUGGUUAAUGGUUUUGAUGUGCCCCAACAAAUGUUACUGCAAGUUGAAUAAUCACCAAUACUGUAAGCCUAGUUUUAUCCUGGUCCAAAAAGAAGCCCUGCACUACUUGUUUUGCAUCUAUCCCUAGAAGGCAACUUCAUUCCGAGGUUUCAUGCCCACGGGUGGUAUUGGUGCUUUUUGAAGUCCAAGUAGAAUAUUCAGAAAGGCCUCGUAGCUCUUUAUGUUCAUCUGUAUAAUGUAGGGAGGGGAAAAACCCAGAUCUGGUGUACACAUUUGUAUUGAAAUAACGUUUUUUUUUCCUCCUGCAAGCAAAACUGGUGGACUGCAGAAGACAAGCGCAUGGGAUACCAAGCUCUAAUGGACCUUUGGGAAGAGAAGCUGUGGCUUAUGUGGAAUUUACAUGGGCCUCCUGGUGGAAGAAAGCUUAUCUGUUUAGUAUUUGUGCAUUUUACUAAAAUGGCAGCUUUAAAAAAAAAAAAAAAGUUGUGUAUCUGCUAUUGUGAUGCCAAUGCCCGUGUUUUAAGUGGAAAAAAAAAUGACCUCUUUGCUUUGUGCUGUGUACACAAGAUUGCUGGAAAAGUAAAGGAAUACCCUUUUUAUAGCUCACACAGCUUAAAAGUAGCUGUCACUCAAACAUGCGCUCACAGUUGAGCUGAUUUUGUUUCAUUCUAAAUAAAUUGUUUCUUUUGAGGAAAAUGUUUUUUCUGCCUGGAAGUGAAUUGACGACAAACGUUUGGCCCCUGUGUUGGCAGCGGAGGGGUUCCUGCUGCUGCUGCCCAAUUGAGCUGAUAGUUGUGGGUCUUGAGCAAGAAGCAGGGAGAGCACCGACACUUUUGCGUUGAUCGACCUGUGGUACCAGUCAGAAGAAUUGUGUGAUGGCCUUGCUGUGGCCCCCGUGUUUGCAGUGAAAAAGGGGUCACUUGCUGCGUUUCUCCUCAGCGGGACGGGGCAGCGGUGCUGCUGCUGGCACGCAAGAAGCAGGGAAGCACCACCCUGCGCCUCGGAACGGUGGCCAAGUCUGGGGCUUCGCUGGUUGGAAGAGCUGGAGUUCCUGAAUUUUAAGUUUCUGAUUUAUUUUGUUCACCCAACAUGUUUGCCUUUAGUUUUGAUUCUUGUUUUUUUUUUUUAAUUUUGAAGAAAAAAAGUUUUGAAAUUGCUUUGAAUCUUGCACGUAAAAUCUUUGCACCAAAAUUGCCAAAAGAAAAAGAGAAAUGAGUCCUUAAAAGUGUUUAAAUGCUGUUAAUAAAGCCUUUCCUGCCGUACGCGAGGCGCUCCUCCAUCUCCAGGGGCUUUUCAGCAGUUGUGGGUUUAGUGCUGAAUGGAUGAAGAGUUCCUGAGAGCUGGAGGCGGUAAUUUAAACCUUUGCGUGGUGUCUCAGUGCCUUAUUUUGACCGGUUUUGAAGCCAUUGGUUCCACACGCCUCGGAUGUGCAUGUGCCCUGCUCGCGUCCCGGCCCCGCCGCGCGCUCCGUGCAGUCGCUCCCGGUGUAGUGCAGACGGGGAGAGGAACAGCCGGAGGCGGCCCGAAAACAUUGUGUGCUGUAGUUCUCCUGUCCCGGGGGCUCCUGAGCUUUGGAAAGCUGUUCCCGUGCAGGAGCACAACUCCGUGUUUGCUGCAGGAGACUUCGGGGCGCGCCUGAGGACCGCGGCCGUCGAGAGGAAGCUGCCACUGCUGCGUCGUCGGCUUCAGGAGCUGCCGUGCUGUGCUCGUGGUAGAAUUCCUGUGACGUGCCAUGAAGACACUUUGAACGCUUGCCCUGUUUGCCUUGACAUACUUUUAACUUCCAUGGAUAACCCCCUGCAGCCGGGCAGGAUCUUUGCUAGGCUGCAGAUGCCUCUCAGCCGACGGAUGCUGUGGUUGUGCUCUGCAAGGUGUCUGUUCCCGGGGCAAAGCGCUGUGUAAAUCCCUAAAACAGCACCAGGUGUGAGCAGAGAAGUGUUUGACCACCAGCCUGGCCUGCCCAGUGGAAAGACAAAGGUUUGAAGACUCUUCACCCCCUUCCCAGCCCACUGACAGGAUGGUGCAGGGCUCCUGGGAGGAGUUUUUCGUUGUGGGAAUUGGUUUCCUCAACAAUUUUGGAUAGACAAGAGGUCCUCUGUGCUGUGGCAAUAACAGUGCCUGGGAUGUGGAAUGGCCCCACUGCAGCAUCCUUCCCCCAAGAGAGGGGCUCCUGGAGCAGCUGAUCCUCAUGGAAGUGUCACCCUGACCUCCCUGUCCCUGCUUUCAUCCCUCCCCAGGGCCAAUUGUUUGUGUCUGAAUAGAAUGAGCUGAAAUCUCUGGCACUGGGAGCUCCCUGGCUGCUCAUCCCACGAGUAAGUGGUCCAAAAGUAGCUGAUGGAAGAUCCCGUUGGAUUGAAGGAAUGACUUGCACAUGUUGGUAUUUGCAACAUCUGGGCUGCAAACCCUUCUCCAGCCCUGUCUCCUUGUGAGCAGACCCAGCUUAAUGUCCUUUGUCCAAUAGGAGAGACACCAGGCCAGGAUCUGGAAGUGAACUUGAUAAAAGUGGCUCUGGGAGGACUUAAAAGGAAAAGCUGAAUUCCAUCGAGCCACAGGAAUGUCUGGAGGAUUCAGGUCACCUUUUAAAGUGACCUCCAAGUGUUGGAGGGGUUUGGUCCUGGCAAAUCAUCUGGGCUCCGGGCAGUCCUUUGAAAGGUGGAGAUUUCCUCUCUUUGAAUCUGAAAUCUGCAAAGUGGUGGGAGAUGUUGCUGCACAUAAAAACCCUAAUCCAGUCCCAAAUGUGGGUGUGGGGCAGCAGCUGAGCCAGAUCUGCUGCUGGUGUGAAAUGCAAUUCCUCUGGAGACAUCCAUGGAAUCCAGACAUCCAUGGGCUUCUCUGAUUUACACCAGCAGCAGAUCUGGCCCAAGCCUGGAGUUCUUAAACCCAGGAAGGGACAUGACGCAGUCCCUGAGGUCCUGGGCUCAGGCACCUGGAAAGGGAGAUCCAGUAAAAUUUGGGAUCUGUGCUGGAGCAGAGGCACUGACAUUCCCCCACUGUAGAUUUCCACAGGAAGGUUUUACAAAGCACAGGAAAAGCUGCUCGUGCCCAGUUCCAGUUUCUGUUGGCUCACUGCUGUCCCAGGGGAUGUCCCUGUGUUUCCUCCUCAGGGAUGUCCUGUGGGCCACGUGCUGGAGGAGCUGCAGCUGGAGAGGAGGAUCCAUCCCGUGGUGGGAUCCCUCCCCUGGCUGGAUCCAUAUCCUGGUGGAAUCCCACCAGUGUUGGAUCCAUGCCGGGGUGGGAUCCAUCCCGUGGUGGGAUCCAUCCCGUGGUGGGAUCCAUCCCGUGGUGGGAUCCAUCCUGUGGUGCUGCACUGGGACACUCUCCCAUGACCCUGAGGUUGUUUUGGAGUGGUUCAUUCCCAGGGGUGGGAUCUGGUUUCACUGCCUGGAAGUCUCUGGGAUUUGGAGAGGGGAUGCUGACGUAGUUAUUUGUGAGAGGAACAGGACAGAGUGCUCCAGCUGAGCUCUGAUUUAUUGCAAUUCUUCUUAAAAUAUCCUUCAGGAUAUUUAUUUUUUUUUUUUUCAUUUUCUCAAGGGCUUUUUGGUGCUGAAUGGGAUUUAGGUGCAGUGGGAUUUACCGGCAUUGCCUCAUUGGCGGCACAGUCAUCAACUUUCAUCACACCCCAAUCUUUUGGAGCAACUCCAGUCUCUGUGCUCCCAAUUCAUUUCCAAAACAAUAAUCACUCCUGCUGCAGAAAGCUGAACUAGGAGCUUGUGGUGUUCAAACCCCAGCAAAGCAGCAGUUCUGUGAGGAAUGCUGGUAAAUCCCAGCAAUGUAAUCCAAACUAAACAUUCCCAGCACUGCUGAUGCUACCAGCUGGGUCAGGCUGUUUAAAUGGUACUGCUCAUCUUUAAUCAGAAGUUUUAUUUAUUCCUGACGCCCUGAGGAGCAAAAUUCAGUGGGAAGAUAAAGGUAAAAUUUAGAGAACAUCCAAAUACUUGUGCCAGCAGAGCUUUUGGGUGACUUUGACCACCCUCUCCCCUUUGACCACCCAAAUUUCUUGGGAGUGGAGAUCGUGCUCCAGGGGCUGGAAUCUCUUCUAGAAUUUGUGUUUCAUGCUUUGGUUCAGCUCUUUUGCAUUUUGAGUCAGUGAUUUGUACUGCUUGUGGAAAUAAACUGUGCCCUUCUCUCCUCAGCUUGCUCGUGGCUGCCAAAAUAAUGUUUAUUCUGGUUUGGGCUGGGUUUUUUCAGUGUGGCAGCAUCCAGAGGUGCCAGUGGAUGGGGAGCUCUGAAGGAGACUCCAAACUUUCCCUUCGGGUCCUGCCAGAUGCCCCUGGAUUUCAGGGCUUUCAGCUGAACAGCUUUGCAGAAAACCCAUCCUGGAAUGGAUCCCUGUAGGAGAGUGAACCAGCAGCAUGAUUUAUCCCUGGGUUUCUGGGGUGGGUGUGUGUUUUAUAUAACAUCACUUACCUGCUAAAGGGGGUCCUCCCAUGGCUGCUAUCCCUGCAAAGAAAGCAGCAAACCCCAGGUAGCUGUGGAGCUUUUCCACACCCACCAGAUCCACCUGUUUGGAAACCAAAAUGGAUAAUUAGUGAAUGGCUUCAUAGGAAUGCAUAUGCACAACAGAUUAAUUGAAUUUUUCUUUUUUUUUUUUUUUUUUUUUUUUUUUUAAGCACAGGAGAUAAUUUAAUUCUUUUUUCUGGGGAAUUUCCUCUUCAGCUGCAGCUUUGGGAGGACUUUGCCCCUGUAGGUCUGAUCCAGCCUGGAACCCGUUUGCCUCCCUAAGGCAGGUAUGGGAAUUACUGGGAUGGGAGAUGCUUUUCUGUCUUCCACCUGCCCAGACUUUGAGGAAGGAGUUUUGAACUCUGAAUGCCUGCCAGAAAGAAAUGCCAAAUUAUAAUGGUGCCUCCCUCCCUGGAUCAGAGAAUCCUAGAAUCGUUUGGGUUGGAAGGGACCUCAAAGCCCAUCCAUUCCACACCUGCCAUAGAGAGGGAACUUCCACUGUCCCAGGCUGCUCCAAGCCCUGUCCAGCCUGGCCUUGGACACUUCCAGGGAUCCAGGGGCAGCCACAGUUUCUCUGUGCACCCUGUGCCAGGGCCUACCCACACUCACAGGGAGAAUUCCUUCCCAAUCUCCCACCCAUCCCUGCCCUUUGGCAGUGGGAGCCAUUCCCUGUGUCCUGUCCCUCCAUCCCUUGUCCCCGGUCCCUCUCCAGCUCUCCUGGAGCCCCUUUGGGCACUGCAAAAAACUCUGAGGGGAUCUCCUGGAACCCUUUUAGGCUCUGCAGGAGGCUCUGAGGGGAUCUCCUGGAUCUCCUUUAGGCUCUGGAAGGAGCUUUGAGAGGAUCUCCUGGAACCCUUUUAGGCUCUACAAAAACUCUGAGGGGAUCUCCUGGAAUGCUUUUAAGCACUGCAAGGGGCUCUGAGGGGAUCUCCUGGAACCCCUUUAGACUGCAAGAGGCUCUGAGGGGAUCUCCUGGAUCUCCUUUAGGUACCUAAAGGAGCCUGAGGGGAUCUCCUGGAUCCAACUUUUAAGCACUGCAAGGGGCUCUGAGGGGAUCUCCUGGAUCCCCUUUAGGCUCUGCAAAAAAGGGGAUCUCCUGGAGCCCCUUUAGGCUCUGGAAGGAGCUCUGAGGGGAUCUGGAACCCUUUUGGGCUCUGCAGGGAGCUCUGAGGGGAUCUCCUGGAUCUGCUUUAGGUACCUAAAGGAGCCUGAGGGGAUCUCCUGGAUCACUUUUAAGCACUGCAAGGAGCUCUGAGGGGAUCUCCUGGAGCCCCUUUAGGCACUGCAAAAACCUGAGGGGAUCUCCUUUAGGUACCUAAAGGAGCUCUGAGGGGAUCUCCUGGAUCCCCUUUAGGCUCUGCAAAAAAGGGGAUCUCCUGAAGUCCCUUUAGGCUCUGGAAGGAGCUCUGAGAGGAUCUCCUGGAAUCCUUUAAGGUCUGCAAGGGGCUCUGAGGGGAUCUGCAAGGAGCUCUGAGGGGCUCUCCUGGAGCCCCUUUAGGCUCUGGAAGGAGCUCUGAGGGGAUCUGGAACCCUUUUGGGCUCUGCAGGGAGCUCUGAGGGGAUCUGGAACCCUUUUAGGCUCUGGAAGGAGCUCUGAGAGGAUCUCCUGGAAUCCUUUAAGGUCUGCAAGGAGCUCUGAGGGGAUCUCCUGGAGCCCCUUUAGGCUCUGGAAGGAGCUCUGAGGGGAUCUGGAACCCUUUUGGGCGCUGCAGAGAGCUCUGAGGGGAUCUCCUGGAGCCCCUUUAGGCUCCGAGCUCUCCCUGGAUCCUUCCCCUUCCCCUUGCCCGGCAUUCCCGGCUGUCCCCGGGGCUCCCCGUGGUGCCCAGCAGGAUCCUGCCGCGGCUCUGCGUGUUCCCGUGGCUCCGGCGCGGGGCAGGACUCACCAGCACGGGCAGCACCAGGGCCAUGAAGGCUCCAGAGAAGAUGGCAAAGGCCACGGCGUAGGCGAGCAGCAGAGGGAAGGUGGUGGCCAGCGGCCCCAGCAGGUUGGUGACCCCGCUGAGGAGCAGGUAGGUGACAUGGAGGUGGUACUUCUUGGUCCAGUUGUGGUCGGCCACCCAGCCCGAGAGCAGCUGGCUCAGCAUCUCCGUGAUGCCUGAGGGGACAGCAGCUCAGAGCCUCAGGGGGACUUGGCUUUGUGUAAUACUCAAAUUCUGAUAUUUCUAGGUAAUUUUAUAUGUUAUUAUUUCACAUAAAUUUAUUAGAUAGUAUAAAUUAUAAAUUAUUUGAUAUUAUAAAUUUAUAUAUACUUUAUAGUGGUUUAUAUUAUUAUUUUUUAUUUGUAAUAUAUGUAUUAUAUUGAUACUUACAGUAUUUUAUAUUUUAUAUUCAAUUUAUUAGAUAGUAUAAAUUAUAAAUUAUUAGAUAGAAAUUUAGCUAACAUUAUAGUAUUUUAUAUUAUUUUAUAUUAUUUGUAAUAUAUGUAUUAUAUUGAUACAGUAUUUUGUGUUUUAUAUUAUUCAAUUUAUUAGAUAGUAUAAAUUAUUAGGUAUUAUAAAUUUAGCUAUACUUUAUAGUAUUUUAUAUAAUUAUUUGUAGGAUAUGUAUUAUAUUGAUACUGACAGUAUUUUUUAUUUUAUAUUAUUCAUAUUGUUGCUAUUAUAGUUAAUAUUAUAUUAUAUUGUAUUAUAUUGUAUUAUAUUAUAUUAGUAAUUACAUUAAUUAUUAUAUUAUUAAUAUGAUUAUAUUAUAUUGUAUUUGCAAAUAAUAUAAUAUAAUGUAAUGUCAUAUAAUGUAAUGUAAUGUAAUAUAAUAUAAUAUAUACCCAUUCUAUUAUAGUAUAUUUUAAUAUUAUAUUACUAUAUUAUUUUCUAUAAUUAACUGUAUUUCAUAUAGUGAAAUUAUACUUAUCUUCACAUUACUGUAUUUAUUAUUUAGAAUUUGCAUAUUUUUAAUAUUUUUAUAUUUUUACUGUACAUUAUAAUAUGAUAUUACAUAUUAGAUAUUCAAAUAGUUAUAUUUUACAGUGUUUUAUAAUAUUUAUAUUAUUUUUAUACAUUAUUUGUGUUACACUUGAUUAUUUAUAUUAACCCUAAUAUAAUUUAUUAUUCUAUUUAUUGUUAUAUUAAUUAUUUGUAUUAUUCUAUAUUAUUAUAUCCAUUAUUUUUAUAUAUUUAUUUAUAUAGUUUUAAAUUAUUAUAUUUAUUAUAUUUAUUAGUGAUUUCUCUAAGAUUACUUAUUUCUAUUAUUCAGUAUUAUUUCUUUUAUUGGCUGUGUCACAUCCCAGUUUCCCUGUUCAUUGUGAGGACAUGACCACAAAUGGCUAAAAUGCCAAAAAGUUCCAGGUGUCUUUAGGCUGUUACAAAAUCCAGGGAUUGGGGUUUUUCCCUUUCCCGUUGUGCUGCUCUUCCCAAGGGCACCAAAAUGCUCUGGGAACAUUCCCUUCAGGGGGGAAUUUCACCCUCCUGGGUGUCUGCACUCUGAAAUGCCCUGAAUCAGCAAAGAGGCACUUGCUGAAGAGAAAAAGUGGAAUGUGAAGAAGAAAAAUGCAGCUGAGAUUUUAAUUUUUCUAAAAUUAUUUCUAUUUAAAUUCUAAAAUUUAAUUUUUCUAAAAACCCAGGCGUUUUCUAGAAACCCAGACAUUUUAGAGGCUCAGCAGCCUUUUAGUUGUUGGGGAUUUGAGCUUUUGGGUUUUGAGGGUUGGAGUUUUGAGAGAUUUUUUUACACUUCUUGGUACAUUUUUAUGAAGCAAAGAUCAAGGAGCUCUGGAGUGAGCUCGUGUCCCACUGACCCCUGUGUCUCUCCCACUCCUAAUUCCAAAUAUCCCAUUAAUUCCUGGGGAUUUCUAACACCUCGACAACCCCUCACUGCUGAAUAUUCCCCAGCACUGCAGAAAUAAAAUGUAUUUUUCUACAAUAAACUAUUUGCUGCUGA